GGAUUCUUCCCCAUCCCCCUCCCGCCCCGUGCCUAGGCCGCGAUCUUCCAAAGCCCCUCUGGGCGGCUCCGCUCCCGCCCACCGCCUUGCACCUUCCUUCACCCCUCCGCUCACACGCUCGCGUGCUGCGGAGUCUGACGCUGGUCAAGUCAGACCAGCCACCGUUCUGCCCUUGCGGGAGGUGGCUGGGGCAGAGGGUGUAAUGAGAGUCCACGUUCCAUUCGCCUUAUCGGAACUCUCACAUAUUUCUAAGUUACUCGGGUCAUACACGGCUAAUCCCACCAAUUUCACAAAAGAGUUUCAAUAUUUAACCCAAUCUUAUAACCUAACUUACCAUGACAUUUUUAUGAUCCUGUCUAAUAACUUGCUUCCCGAGGAGCGCAGGCGGGUUUGGGAGCAAGCGAGACUCCAUGCUGAUGAAGUCCACCAAACCUUAGCCUCCCAUCCUCCGGGGGCAGAGGCGGUGCCAGACCAGGAACCCCACUGGGAUUAUAACUGCCCUGGGGGCAUUCUGGCCAGAGACCGGUUCCUAACUUGCCUCAUGAUAGGGCUCCGCAAGGCUGCCCUUAAACCAGUAAACUAUUCUAAACUUGCAGAAAUUUUUCAGGACACUAAGGAAAAUCCUUCCGCAUUCCUUGACCGCCUUACCAAAGCCAUGUUACAGUUUACGAACAUGGAUCCAGAAUCCACUGAGGGCAGACAGCUUCUAAUGACCCAUUUCUUUAACCAGUGCUACCCGGAUAUCAAAGCCAAGCUCAGGCGUUUUGAAAAGGGUCCCCUAACCCCACAAGCACAGGCUCUGGAGGUGGCCUUCAAAGUGUACCACGCCAGGAACGACAAGGCUCGCAACCACUGCCACGUGAUAACCGCGCCUGCCCGGCCAGCAGAGGUGACAGACUCGACCCGUCCUGUUCGUGCUGCCCCCCCACCUCCCGGGGUGCGUGAGCCACCGGGCCCAUGCUUCAAGUGUGCAUCCUAACGGUGACCCAGCUACUCAAGAGCCAGACAGAUACAAUCUCCAGACAGAUGCGAUUUCUUCAAUCAGCCACUUGAUGCCAGCGGACAAAACAUCGAUAUGACAUCAUCAGGACAAUAGGACGCUCCCCGGACCCCUCGACGCCCAAAGUCAGCAGGAAGCAGUCAUGAGAGACCGGGCUACGCCCCUAUUCCCUACCCGUUAAGACC